AUGCUGCUCUAUGUACCUCCGCUACUACAGCGUGUCCUCUCAAGUAACAAACUUGGAAAACCUCCUCUUCUCAUCCCUCAAUUGCACCAAUUUUCGCUUUUAUCCCUUGUUCUUGUCAAAGUUGUCAUACCAAAAUAUCCUGGCCGCGCCACACUACCCCUGCUGCGGCGACAUCCACCAAAAUCCACAUCCACUCCUCAGAGUCCUCACCAGGAUACGCCCCCCGUGGCGCUGUCUUCCUCCAUUCUUUUUUCUUCUCCCUUCCACUUUCGCUCAGCUCCUCUCAACACACGCCUCUUCCCGACAGCUUCACCAAACAGCUUACACCACGCUGAUGACGGAUUUCGGCAAACACAGCUAGCUGCUCUGUCCACCACCCGUCGAACCAAAACCUCGCCUUCAAACGACUACGGCCAAGCUUUCCCUUUGCCGCCUCGAAGAACCCCGGACCGCCUAGUCGAGAUCCUGUCCGCUGCCAAGACCUGUGGGGUGCCAGUGCAAUUCAUUCGUUCUGCACUUUGCAUAUCGGCUUCAGUCAGCCUUGCAGCUUUUGCUCGCCUUCGCUCGCCUUCGCUCGCUCUCAACCUACACACAGUCACAACCUCCGCCAUGCGUGUCUCGCAACUUUACGUCACUGCCAGCCUGGCCGUUGCCGCUAGCGCCGGCAUCCCCUACUCUGCGGACGGCGCCCCCCCUACUUCCGUCGACCUCGCCUCGUCACCGUCUUCGCUGCCCGUCGUUACCGCUGUUGGUCUUCAUGCCACUUCCGAGUCCGUCUCUACGAGUAAUGCCACCGUCGUCGCCUCGUCGCAUUCGCUCCAAACGACACCCGGCCUAGCUAACCACACAUCGACUCACACCGCAGCCACCUCCGAUGCCAUCGCGCACACCAAUGCUACCAGCACAAAACCCGCAGAUGCUACUGGCGGUGCCAUUCUGCCCAAGAUGCAGGGCUCCAUGGCCGGUCUCUUGGGCUUUUGCAUCAUGAGCCUCAUGCUGCUCUAG